AUUGCAGACAAAUCCGAUAAAUUUAAAUGUAUGCUGGUAUCUUUACUCCAAACCAGUUAUGGGCGGUAUAGUCACUUCUCGUUUUUUCUGGCGGGUUACCGUGAAGAAAUGCCACGAAGAAGAAGUGAAACCAAAGAAGAGGGAGUUUACAGCGAAGAAUACACACGCGAAUACAAGUAGAGGGCAGCUGAAAUUUACGUCCAUACUUGGAGAUGGGAGACAGUGAUGACGAAUACGAUCGAAGGCGAAGGGACAAAUUCAGGCGAGAGAGAAGUGACUAUGAUCGCUCAAGGGAGAGAGAGGACCGACGUAGGGAUGACUGGAACGACAGGGAGUGGGACAGGGGCAGGGAGCGUCGUAGCCGUGGGGAAUACCGGGAUUACGAAAGAGGUCGACGAGAGAGGUUUACCCCACCCAGGCAUGAUAUGAGCCCUCAGCAGAAACGCAUGAGAAGAGACUGGGAUGACCACGGUGGAGAUCCAUAUCGUGGGGGUUAUGACCUGGGAUAUGGGGGUGGAGGAGGGCCAAGCUAUGGUCCACCACAGCACUGGGGCCAUCCUGACCUGCACCUCAUGCAGCCUCAUCAAGGCAUCCCCAUUCAAGCAAGGCUUGGGAACAUCCACGACAUGGAAUUGGGUCCUCCCCCUCCAAUAAUGAAGAACUUUAAGGAGUUUCUGCUGUCCUUAGAUGAUUCUGUGGAUGAGACAGAAGCAGUCAAACGCUACAAUGAGUACAAGAUCGACUUCCGUCGACAGCAGAUGCAGGAAUUCUUUUUAGCUCACAAAGAUGAGGAGUGGUUUAGGUCCAAAUACCAUCCGGAUGAGGCCAGCCGACUUAAGUCAGAGGCCCAGAGUGCCCUGAACAAUCGCCUGAAUGUAUUUAUGUUCUUGAUGGAGAAUGGCUGGUUUGAUAAUAUCUCCCUGGAUAUCGAGCAGACCACAGCCAUCAUCAAAGUUCUAGAUGCAGCUGUGAUAAAAAUGGAAGGAGGGACGGAUCACGAUCUUCGCAUUUUGGACCUGCCAGCUGAAGAGGAAGAAGACAGAGAGAAGCUGGGAUCUGUCGCAGGUGGAACUGAACCCUCAAAGAGGGAUGACCUCAAAAACCUGGCCAAUCGCAAGCCCUCAGAAGAGAGAGACAAAUCGGAGAAGGAGGAGGGUGACCCUGCCAGCGGAGACAGAGCAGCCGCAGCAGAUGGCCAGGAUGUGAAAGAGGAAGUGAACAAAGAAGUUGUCAAAGAAGACAUGUCUGAACCCAAAAAGGCAAGAAGAAAAAGGAAACGCAGUGGGGACAGUGAUGAUGAAGGCAGCCCCUCGGAGAGUGAGUCUGACUCCGAUUCUGACUCAAACUCCAACUGCUCUGACAAACCUGGGAAGAAGGAAGAAGUAGAAGACAAGGAUGAGGAGGAGGAGGACGGUGAAGAGGAAAAACCGAAGGAGAACUCCGAGGAGGACAAGAAGGAGGAGAAAAAGCCCAAAGAUGACGCCCCCAGACCCCGCCCUCUACACAAGACCUGCUCCCUGUUCAUGAGGAGCAUUGCUCCCACCAUCUCCAAGGCUGAGAUUGUCGCUCUGUGCCGUCGCUACCCAGGCUUUCUCCGAGUUUGCUUGUCUGAUCCUCACCCCGAACGCAGGUUUUUCCGCCGUUGUUGGGUGACAUUUGACCGCAGCAUCAACAUUAAAGAAGUCUGCUGGAACCUUCAGAACAUACGCCUGCGAGACUGUGAACUGGCACCAGGGGUGAACAGGGACCUGGCUCGGAGGGUGCGCCACGUUAACGGCAUCACUCAGCACAAGCAGGUGCUCCGCAACGACAUCAAGCUGGCUGCCAAGCUCAUUCACGCUCUGGACGAGAAAGGAGAGAUGUGGAGCAGCAAAACUCGCGAAGAGGGGCAGAAGUCAGAGUUGUCUGCCCAGAACCCCAUCAUGAAGAAUAUUACCGAUUACCUGAUAGAAGAAGUGAGUGCUGAGGAAGAGGAGCUCUUGGGCUCGGGGAGUGGAAUGGAUCCUGAGGAAAACAACAAGGAGGGAAACCCGGCUGAGACGACUGUGGAGAAAGACGACAAACUAGCCAAGGUUUUGGACCGUCUGAUCUUGUAUCUGCGGAUUGUGCAUUCAGUUGAUUACUACAACACCUGCGAGUACCCCAGUGAGGAUGAAAUGCCCAAUCGUUGUGGCAUGAUACACGUCCGCGGACCCAUUCCUCCGAACCGCAUCACUCAUGGAGAAGUUCAACAGUGGCAGAAGAUGAUGGAGGAGAAGUUGGUUCCCUUGUUUAGUUUAAAAGAAGUCCUCUCUGAGGAAGACGCUUUGAAAAUGGGCCGCAAAGAUCCUGAGGAGGAGGUGGAAAAGUUUGUCUCUGCCAACACACAGGAGCUGGGAAAGGACAAAUGGCUCUGCCCUCUUAGUGGCAAAAAAUUUAAGGGUCCGGAGUUUGUGCGGAAGCACAUCCUGAACAAGCAUGGAGACAAAAUUGAGGAGGUGAAGAAGGAGGUCUCCUUCUUCAACAAUUUCCUGAUGGAUGCUAAGAGACCGUCUCUGCCAGAAAUUAAACUCCCCCCUCUUCCGACCCCAGGGCAAGGGUUGCUCUCUCCCACAAUGCCUUUUCCUCCUCAAGCUCCUCAGGGUCCAAUGGGCUUCGGUCAGCCCCGACCACCUCUGAUGGGCUAUGGUGCAGGCGGUCCUCCUUACCCGCCUAACCAGUUUGCUGGAGGCCGCGGCAACUACGACAACUUCCGUGGACAAGGUGGCUACCUGGGUAAGCCACGCAACAUCAGAAUGUCCCGAGGUGAUCCACGCAAUAUCAUCGAGUACCGUGACCUGGAUGCACCGGAUGAUAUGGACUUCUUUUAGAAGGUGCACAUCUCGCAUCAUGUUUUCUUGGAUUAUUUUGUCAUAAUUGUAUAAUUACAUGCUUCUGUACUGCUGUAAAACAAGUCUUCAAUAAAGGUGUGAUCAGAAUA